AUGGUCCAGCUGGGGAAGCUGCUCCGCGCCCUGACUUUGAUGAAGUUCCCCUGCUGCGUGCUGGAGGUGCUCCUGUGCGCGCUGGCGGCGGCGGCGCGCGGCCAGGAGAUGUACGCCCCGCACUCCAUUCGUAUCGAGGGGGACGUCACCCUCGGGGGGCUGUUCCCGGUGCACGCGAAGGGUCCCAGCGGAGUGCCCUGCGGCGACAUCAAGAGGGAGAACGGGAUCCACAGACUGGAAGCGAUGCUCUACGCCCUGGACCAGAUCAACAGCGAUCCCAACCUGCUGCCCAACGUGACGCUGGGAGCGCGGAUCCUGGACACUUGUUCCAGGGACACUUAUGCGCUCGAACAGUCGCUCACUUUCGUCCAGGCGCUCAUCCAGAAGGACACCUCCGAAGUGCGCUGCACCAACGGCGAGCCUCCCGUUUUCGUCAAGCCGGAGAAAGUAGUUGGAGUGAUUGGGGCUUCGGGGAGUUCGGUCUCCAUCAUGGUAGCCAACAUCCUGAGGCUUUUCCAGAUCCCCCAGAUUAGUUAUGCAUCAACGGCACCCGAGUUAAGUGAUGACCGUCGCUAUGACUUCUUCUCUCGUGUGGUCCCGCCCGAUUCCUUCCAAGCCCAGGCCAUGGUAGACAUCGUAAAGGCCCUGGGUUGGAAUUAUGUGUCUACUCUCGCAUCGGAAGGAAGUUAUGGAGAGAAAGGUGUGGAAUCCUUCACGCAGAUUUCCAAAGAGGCAGGUGGGCUCUGCAUUGCCCAGUCCGUGAGAAUCCCCCAAGAACGCAAAGACAGGACCAUUGACUUCGAUAGAAUUAUCAAACAGCUCCUGGACACACCCAACUCCAGGGCUGUCGUGAUUUUUGCCAACGAUGAGGAUAUCAAGCAGAUCCUUGCAGCAGCCAAAAGAGCUGACCAAGUAGGCCAUUUCCUUUGGGUGGGAUCAGACAGCUGGGGAUCCAAAAUAAACCCACUGCACCAGCAUGAAGAUAUUGCAGAAGGAGCCAUCACCAUUCAGCCCAAGCGAGCAACUGUGGAAGGGUUUGAUGCCUAUUUUACAUCCCGCACACUUGAAAACAACAGAAGAAACGUAUGGUUUGCCGAAUACUGGGAGGAAAACUUCAACUGCAAGUUGACAAUUAGUGGGUCAAAGAAAGAAGACACAGAUCGCAAAUGCACAGGACAGGAGAGAAUUGGAAAAGAUUCCAACUAUGAGCAGGAGGGUAAAGUUCAGUUCGUGAUUGACGCAGUGUACGCAAUGGCUCAUGCCCUUCAUCACAUGAACAAGGAUCUCUGUGCUGACUACCGGGGUGUCUGUCCUGAGAUGGAGCAAGCUGGGGGCAAGAAGUUGUUGAAGUAUAUCCGCAAUGUGAAUUUCAAUGGUAGUGCAGGCACCCCAGUCAUGUUUAACAAGAAUGGGGAUGCCCCUGGGCGUUACGACAUCUUCCAGUACCAGACCACAAACACCACCAACCCUGGUUACCGCCUGAUCGGACAGUGGACAGAUGAACUGCAGCUCAAUAUAGAGGACAUGCAGUGGGGUAAAGGACUCCGGGAGAUCCCCCCGUCAGUGUGUACACUGCCAUGCAAGCCUGGGCAAAGAAAGAAGACACAGAAGGGAACUCCUUGCUGCUGGACCUGUGAGCCUUGUGAUGGCUACCAGUACCAGUUUGAUGAGAUGACAUGCCAGCAUUGCCCCUACGACCAGCGACCCAAUGAAAACCGAACCGGCUGCCAGGAGAUCCCCAUCAUCAAACUGGAGUGGCACUCCCCCUGGGCCGUCAUCCCUGUCUUCCUCGCCAUGUUGGGGAUCAUCGCCACUAUAUUUGUCAUGGCCACUUUCAUCCGCUACAAUGACACUCCCAUCGUCCGGGCAUCUGGGCGGGAACUGAGCUAUGUUCUGUUGACGGGCAUCUUUCUUUGCUACAUCAUCACUUUCCUGAUGAUAGCCAAACCUGAUGUGGCAGUGUGUUCUUUCCGGAGAGUUUUCUUGGGCUUGGGUAUGUGCAUCAGUUAUGCAGCCCUUUUGACAAAAACCAAUCGGAUUUAUCGCAUAUUCGAACAGGGCAAGAAAUCAGUGACAGCUCCCAGACUCAUAAGCCCAACAUCACAGCUGGCGAUCACUUCUAGUUUAAUAUCAGUUCAGCUUCUAGGUGUUUUCAUUUGGUUUGGUGUUGACCCACCCAACAUCAUCAUAGACUAUGAUGAACAUAAGACAAUGAACCCUGAGCAGGCCCGGGGAGUUCUCAAAUGUGACAUUACGGAUCUCCAGAUUAUCUGCUCCUUGGGAUAUAGCAUUCUUCUCAUGGUCACAUGUACUGUGUAUGCCAUCAAGACUCGGGGUGUCCCAGAGAAUUUUAAUGAAGCCAAGCCCAUUGGAUUCACCAUGUACACAACAUGUAUAGUCUGGCUUGCCUUCAUUCCCAUUUUUUUUGGCACCGCUCAGUCGGCGGAAAAGCUCUACAUACAAACUACCACGCUUACAAUCUCCAUGAACCUAAGUGCAUCAGUGGCGCUGGGGAUGCUAUACAUGCCGAAAGUGUACAUCAUCAUUUUCCACCCUGAACUCAAUGUCCAGAAACGCAAGCGAAGCUUCAAGGCCGUAGUCACAGCAGCCACCAUGUCAUCGCGGCUGUCACACAAGCCCAGUGACAGACCCAACGGUGAGGCCAAGACAGAACUCUGUGAAAACGUAGACCCAAGCAACUGUAUACCACCAGUAAGAAAGAGUGUACAAAAGUCUGUUACUUGGUACACUAUCCCACCAACAGUAUAG